AAACUUGCCCUUUCUUCACUUAUUCCGAUACCCCCUUCGAACCAGAAGCCAUUAAACCAAAAUCAGCAGUACCAAUUUCGCCCUAGAAGAACAUGAGUAGCAUAGGAACAGGUUACGAUCUGUCGGUUACAACCUUCUCGCCGGACGGUAGGGUUUUUCAGAUCGAGUACGCUGCUAAAGCCGUCGACAAUAGCGGCACCGUUGUCGGCAUCAAAUGCAAAGAUGGCAUUGUUAUUGGAGUAGAGAAGCUGAUUGCGUCAAAGAUGAUGUUGCCUGGAUCUAAUCGUAGAAUCCACUCCGUGCAUCGUCAUUCUGGAAUGGGUGUAGCAGGAUUAGCUGCAGAUGGGAGACAGAUUGUUGCAAGAGCCAAAUCUGAAGCCCAUAACUAUGAAAGUGUUUAUGGUGAACCAAUUCCAGUUAAAGAACUUGCUGAGCGAGUCGCUAGUUAUGUGCAUCUAUGCACACUUUAUUGGUGGCUCAGACCUUUUGGAUCCGGGGUGAUUCUUGGAGGUUAUGACCGUGAUGGCCCACAGUUAUAUAUGGUUGAACCUUCUGGUGUUUCCUAUAGAUAUUUUGGUGCUGCAAUUGGGAAGGGCAGGCAGGCUGCUAAAACCGAGAUUGAAAAGUUGAAGCUUUCUGAGAUGACAUGUCGUCAAGGGGUUAUUGAAGUAGCAAAAAUAAUCUAUGGAGUACAUGAUGAGGCAAAGGACAAGACAUUCGAAUUGGAGAUGAGUUGGGUUUGUGAUGAAUCAAACCGCCAGCACCAGAAGGUACCAGAAGCACUUUUGGAGGAGGCAAAGGCAGCAGCUAAAGCUGCAUUGGAAGAAAUGGAUGCUGAUUAAUACAAUAGAUAUUUGUUUGUGUUUGUUCGAAUCUUCUGUUUCAAACUUGUUACUCGUAAGACAUCAUCUUCAUUGGCAUAUUUUUUAAGUUUGGUUGCUAUUAAUCGUCUAUGACUUGUAACAUUUCAGUUUUAUCAGGAGAACACUUUGCAUCAAA